ACCAGAGCGAGCAGAGACCACGAGCGACACAAGGCCGGCCACGGCGCCGGUGUCCUCCUCGCCUACGCUGCGGACGAGCCAGCCGCGCCGUCGUGUCGCACGGGGGAUGUCGGGGCAGGCGCCGGCCGUGGUAGCGUUCGCGCUGGCGGCCGCCAUCCUCUCCACGCCGCCGCCGCAGUCGGAGAACUUCUCCAACAUCCCGCCCACGCUCUCCGGGGACGACAAGGCGCAGGUGAGGAUCAAGCACCCGAAGUCGGCUAAGGCGCUGCAGUGCACCUCCAAGUGCGUCGCCACCUGCAUCCGCGGCGGCGAGGGGCCGCUCAACGUCCGGCGGCCCCUCGUCGUCUUCAAGGAGCAGUUCCGCAGCCGCCUCUACUGCCUGACAGAGUGCUCGGACAUCUGCAACCUCAUCAAGGACGGCGAGGACGGGCCAUGAGACCAACGAACGAAACUCUGCUCCUGCCCGGGAGGAGCGGCGGGCAAGUUCAGGGCCACACCGGGACUGCAUUUCUCACAUGGCACAGCGGAAAUUCCGAAAGAAAACCACCGGCGAUCAUGCGGUGAAGAGGUCAUCGUAGGGAGGGAGCAUGCAUCGUAAUGGAAUUUCUUUAACUUCUACCACUUGCUUAUAGCUGUGCAUGACACAGCAGGCAGAGCAAUACAAUACAGUACAUUUUUUUGAAUCGUCAGGACCAUGAGCAACAGAGAUACAACAUGAAUGAAUGCCUUCAAGCGAUAAAUUGAAUUAUAUAUUAUUCUGCCUCA